GGGCGCGCGCAAGGGGCUGGUUUAGUGAUCCCUUUAAGAAACCGCAGGCGGAGGAAUUUCUCUGAGAGAAAAUAAUCCUACUCACGGGGCCCCUUGGAGGCCAUUAACCCCCCGAGUCCCAGCCCCCCUUUCCCGGGCAGGCGCAACCGCCCACGCGCGCACCCGUGGGAUCUCAAGAUCUCCGACCCGGCGCGCGGCAUCCGCCCCCUCCCCACUUUCAGCGCCAGGCCCGGCUGGGUCCCGGGAAGCUGCCGCGAGGCGGUCGUUCCUGCAGUGUGGGCGGGGGCCGGGGGCCCGAGAGGUUCCGCCGCCACCGCGCCGGGAGCCGCAGCGGUUCCAAGCGGGGCCCAACAUGGCGGAGAGAGAGGUGGAGUCCGGCCCCCGAAAGAGGGUAGGUGAGUUUGAGCAGAAAACUGGUGCAGUGUUUGAUGAAAUUGUAGAGAACUGUGGUGGUAUCAUGGAUACAGAAAUGUCUGAAGAUAUAGACCACAACUUAACUCCUACCCUUGACAGCAUGUCUUAUGGAGUGCCGAAUCAAACAGGAUCUGAAAAUUCAUUGCUGGACGAAGAUGAUUAUUUUUUGAACUCUGGGGAUCUUGCAGGAAUUCCAGUCGUUGGUAGUGACAAUGAGGAUGAACAGGAUUUUAGUUCAAAGGACAAUCUUGUUUCUUCAAUUCAUACUGAUGAUAGCUUGGAAGUAGAGAGAAGAGUCACACAGCAUGAAUCAGACAAUGAAAAUGAAAUACAGAUUCAAAAUAAAUUAAAAAAAGACUUUCCUAAACAGUUUGAUCAGGUUUCUGUCUUUAAAUCAAUACGGAAAGAUUUUAGUCUAGUAAGAGAAAACAGCAAAGAGACAUUUUCUGGAAAGGAGAAAAAUAGAGACCUAACUUAUGAACGUGAAAAACGGUUGGAUAAACCCCAUAAAGAGUUGGAUUCAAGGUUGAAAAGCAGUUUUUUUGAUAAAGCAGCUAAUCAAGUUGAAGAAACAUUACAUACCCAUUUACCACAAACCCCAGAAACAAACUUUAGGGAUUCCAGCUAUCCAUUUGCCAAUAAAGAAUCCAUUGGUUCGGAACUGGGGAAUUCCUUUGCAUCAAAUAUUAAAAUUAAAGAAGAACCUUUGGAUGAUGAGUAUGACAAAGCAAUGGCACCACAGCAGGGACUACUAGACAAAAUUAAAGAUGAACCUGACAAUGCUCAAGAGUACAGCCAUGGCCAACAGCAAAAAACUCAAGAGGGGGAACUGAAAAUUAGUGCUGUGUUUUCAGUCAGUGGCAGUCCUCUUGCUCCACAGUUGACUACUGGUUUUCAGCCUUCUCUGGCGUCAUCUGGCAUGAAUAAAAUGCUUCCUUCAGUUCCAGCCACAGCUGUUCGCGUUUCCUGUUCUGGCUGCAAAAAAAUCCUCCAGAAGGGGCAAACUGCUUAUCAGAGGAAAGGGUCUACACAGCUUUUCUGCUCCACACUGUGCCUCACUGGUUACACAGUUCCACCUGCUCGCCCACCGCCUCCUCCCACCAAGAAAACUUGUUCAAGUUGCUCUAAGGACAUUUUAAAUCCAAAGGAUGUGAUAAGUGCCCAGUUUGAAAAUACCACCAUUAGUAAAGAUUUUUGCAGUCAAUCAUGUUUGUCAACGUAUGAACUGAAAAGAAAACCUGUUGUUACCAUAAAUGCGAAUAGCAUUUCAACCAAAUGCAGCAUGUGUCAGAAGAAUGCUGUUAUUCGACAUGAAGUUAAUUACCAAAAUGUGGUACAUAAACUUUGCAGUGAUGCUUGCUUCUCUAAAUUUCGCUCUGCUAACAACCUCACCAUGAACUGUUGUGAGAACUGUGGGGGUUACUGUUACAGUGGCUCUGGACAAUGCCACAUGCUUCAGAUAGAGGGACAGUCUAAGAAGUUUUGUAGUUCAACAUGUGUCACAGCAUAUAAGCAGAAAUCAGCCAAAAUUACACCAUGUGCGCUUUGCAAAUCAUUGAGAUCCUCAGCAGAAAUGAUUGAAAAUACCAAUAGCUUGGGAAAGACAGAGCUUUUCUGUUCUGUUAAUUGCUUAUCUGCUUACAGAGUUAAAAUGGUUACUUCUGCAGGUGUACAAGUUCAGUGUAACAGUUGUAAAACCUCAGCAAUCCCUCAGUAUCACCUAGCCAUGUCAGAUGGAAGUAUACGCAACUUCUGCAGCUACAGUUGUGUGGUAGCUUUCCAGAAUUUAUUUAACAAACCAACAGGAAUGAAUUCUUCAGUAGUGCCCUUGUCUCAGGGCCAAGUAAUUGUAAGCAUCCCCAGAGGUUCAACAGUGUCAGCAGGAGGAGGUAACACCUCUGCUGUUUCUCCCACCUCCAUCAAUAGCUCUGCUGCAGCUGGUCUCCAGCGUCUUGCUGCCCAAUCUCAGCAUGUUGGGUUUGCACGAAGUGUUGUAAAACUUAAGUGUCAGCACUGUAACCGUCUGUUUGGCACAAAACCAGAACUUCUUGACUAUAAGGGUAAAAUGUUUCAGUUUUGUGGCAAGAAUUGUUCUGAUGAGUAUAAGAAAAUAAAUAAUGUAAUGGCAAUGUGUGAAUAUUGUAAAAUUGAGAAAAUUGUAAAGGAGACUGUGAGAUUCUCAGGUGCUGACAAGUCAUUCUGUAGUGAAGGUUGCAAAUUGCUUUAUAAACAUGACUUGGCAAAACUCUGGGGAAAUCACUGUAAAAUGUGCAGUUAUUGUUUACAGACAUCUCCCAAAUUGGUACAGAAUAAUUUGGGGGGGAAGGUGGAGGAGUUUUGUUGUGAAGAAUGCAUGUCCAAAUAUACAGUUCUGUUCUAUCAGAUGGCCAAAUGUGAUGGUUGUAAGCGACAGGGUAAACUCAGUGAGUCUUUGAAAUGGCGAGGAGAAAUGAAACAUUUCUGUAACCUGCUUUGUAUCUUGAUGUUCUGUAAUCAGCAAAGUAUGUGUGACCCACCGUCACAAAACAAUGCAGCAAGUAUUUCCAUGGUGUCAGCUGCUUCAACAGGGCCCCCAUCACUAAGAAAAGAUUCAACUCCAGUUAUAGCUAAUGUAGUCUCAUUAGCAAGUGCUCCUGCUGCUCAGCCCACAGUGAAUUCUAACAGCGUUUUGCAAGGUGCAGUUCCAACAGUAACAGCGAAAAUCAUUGGGGAUGCAAGUACACAAACAGAUGCCCUGAAACUGCCACCUUCCCAGCCUCCACGACUUUUGAAGAAUAAAGCUUUAUUGUGCAAACCCAUCACACAGACUAAAGCCACCUCAUGCAAACCACAUACCCAAAACAAAGAAUGCCAGACAGAAGAUAUUCCAAGCUCUCCUCAGAUCAUUGUGGUGCCAGUUCCUGUACCAGUGUUUGUGCCCAUACCUCUUCAUCUUUAUACUCAGUAUGCUCCUGUCCCAUUUGGAAUCCCAGUUCCCAUGCCUGUCCCUAUGCUUAUUCCAUCCUCAAUGGAUAGUGAAGGUAAAGUCACUGAGAGUAUGGAAGACAUUAAGGAGAAGCUCCCCUCACAUCCAUUUGAAGCUGAUCUCCUUGAGAUGGCAGAAAUGAUUGCAGAAGAUGAAGAGAAGGAGAAGACUCUAUCCCAGGGAGGAUCUCAAACUUCUGAACAAGAGCUCUUUCUAGACACCAAGAUAUUUGAAAAAGACCAAGGAAGUACAUACAGUGGUGAUCUUGAAUCAGAGGCAGUAUCUACUCCACAUAGCUGGGAGGAAGAGUUGAAUCAUUAUGCCUUAAAGUCAAAUGCUGUGCAAGAGGCUGAUUCAGAAUUGAAGCAGUUCUCAAAAGGGGAAACGGAACAGGAUCUGGAAGCAGAUUUUCCAUCAGAAUCCUUUGACCCACUGAAUAAAGGACAAGGAAUCCAGGCACGUUCCCGAACAAGACGACGACACAGAGAUGGCUUCCCCCAGCCCCGACGAAGAUUAAUUCCCUAUGUUUUCUACCUUUCCACAGCCCGCUCUGUCAAGCUGAAGGAGGAUAUUCUGUCUUGCACUUUUGCUGAGUUGAGUUUGGGCUUAUGCCAGUUUAUCCAAGAGGUGCGGAGACCAAAUGGUGAAAAAUAUGAUCCAGACAGUAUCUUAUACUUGUGCCUUGGAAUUCAGCAGUACCUGUUUGAAAAUGGUAGAAUAGAUAACAUUUUUACAGAGCCCUAUUCCAGAUUUAUGAUUGAACUUACCAAACUCUUGAAAAUAUGGGAACCUACAAUACUUCCUAAUGGUUACAUGUUCUCUCGCAUUGAAGAAGAACAUUUGUGGGAGUGCAAACAGCUGGGCGCUUACUCACCAAUCGUCCUCUUGAACACCCUCCUUUUCUUCAAUACCAAAUACUUUCAACUAAAGAAUGUUACUGAGCACUUGAAGCUUUCCUUUGCCCACGUGAUGAGACGGACCAGGAUUUUGAAGUACAGUACCAAGAUGACAUAUCUGAGGUUCUUCCCACCUUUACAAAAGCCAGAGUCAGAACCAGAUAAACUAACUGUUGGCAAACGAAAGCGAAAUGAAGAUGGUGAGGUUCCAGUGGGUGUGGAGAUGGCAGAAAAUACUGACAACCCACUCAGAUGCCCAGUCCGACUUUAUGAGUUUUACCUGUCAAAAUGUUCUGAAAGUGUGAAGCAGAGGAAUGAUGUGUUUUACCUUCAACCCGAGCGCUCCUGUGUUCCGAAUAGCCCCAUGUGGUACUCCACAUUCCCGAUAGACCCUGGGACCCUGGACACCAUGUUAACACGUAUUCUCAUGGUGAGGGAGGUACACGAAGAACUUGCCAAAGCCAAAUCUGAAGACUCUGAUGUUGAAUUAUCAGAUUAAAGCAGAAGUGGGGUUCCUAUUUUCAUACACAUUGGUAUGCACCAAACUGUGAAUGCAUCCAGCUUUGGAAAACGAUGUAUAAGUCCAAGUCCUCUUGACUUGAUAGUAAGAUAAUGGAAACCAGACGACUCGUGAACCACAGUGUGGAUGUUCAAAUGAAAAUUGAAGGAAAAUAUGAACUGAGAAAUGUUGUUCUUUGGCAGUGAUAUAGCUCUUAGACAUCUUCAGAAUGACUAACCAAUUUCUCUGAGUGGUGCAUAAUCUUAUUUUGUUUGGGAAUAACAAAUUGUGGAAUAUUUUUAAGGAAAACUGUUGUAUAAAACUCUACCAUAGUAACCUUAGACAUUAGAGAGGUAGCUUUGGAGUGAAACCUUGGCUGCAAUAGGCUACUUGGGCAAGCCCUAUCUAAAAGUCAGGGGAGAAAUCAGUACAGAGCUCAGAGUCACGUCAGAUGAGGACUUGGGACCCAGACUUAAAGACCCAGUAAAAAUACUCAACUUUUUUUUACAAGGUAGAGAGUAAAGUGGUCUUGAUUUUGAUUUUCACUGCCAAGCCAAUUCUGUGAAGGAUGGAAGCCUGGUGCUGUUGCCAUGGGCCCCUCACAUCAGGGAAAGGCCUUCACUGUUGUUCACACAGUAAUGUGCCCCUUUUACUUUCUGGGUCUAGCCUUCUCAGCCGUGGGUCUGGAUGUGGGCAAAGUAAGGGAAAGGAGCUGAAACUCUGCAAACUGGUUAUGCACACAGAAAAUCUGUGGAGCCCUUUGGACCCCAAGUGUCUUGAAAUGUUUCUAGAAAACCCACUAAAACGCCCACUUCUCUGGGUCAGCCUUUGUUGCUGCUGUCUCAUAGCACGAGCUGUGGUACACAGAAAUGGGGGUUCUCUUGUUUUCAUUUUAUCCCCAAAUGGCAGCUUUUCUCCCCUUGUUUUAUCUUCCUCAGUAAUUCCUCUUAUUUUGUCUUUUGCACCAGUUUCUGGAGGCCCUUGUCAUUUCAAAGAGAAUAGGCUCUCUCCUUAUUCUGGCAAACCUGUGGGUGUUUCCACAAAGACACAGUAUUACUUUAGCUAUCAGAAUUACGGUAGAAAAGAUCUUAGUAUGUUCCUGUAUUAAGCAUUUGGAAGAUGACCUUGUCCUAAGAAACUUGAAAAUAGGGAUUCUGGGGUUAGGAUACAAAGACAUUGACUGUCUUGCAUAUCCACAAGCAGGUUUUCUUAUAGCAUUAUUCCAAACUCUAGCUGUUUUAGUGGUUCUAUAAGGAAUGCAAGUCAUAGGUGUGUUUGACAUAUCGAUCCACCUCCCUCAUCUCCAUUCUCAGUUUCUUCCCCACAAAAUUUUGAAUCAAAGCUUUUAUGACGUUGGCUAAUCACAGAACUUCUUUAGCAGAGGUUAAUUUGACUCUGUAAUAAAAUUAGAGAAGUCCAAAAAGCCUCUUAGAAAUUUUAAUCUUGAAAGACUUUCCAGUAUGUCCCAUUUUUUUAUGGGAGUGGCAGGUGUUUUUUUUUUAUGGUUUUUUUUUUUAAUGAAAGUCAUUUAACUACAAUAAAAAUUUAAAAAUAGGCCUUUUGACAUUGUGUACUUGAUGGUUCUGUCCCUCUGCCUGUAACAAAUUUUGUUUUUGUUACUGACAACUGUGUGAAAGAAGUAAAUCUGCCCCAAUUCUGUAUGAUUAAUCCCAUCUGUGUUUGUCAUUUCUGAUCAGAAAACUUACUUCCAGACCUUGUUUGAUAUGGAGGAAAAACAAUUGGAUUGUCUCAUAAGUCUGCCAAUAAACUGUCCAGAAACUUCAGGGGUAGUAGUCCCUACUAUAUGAACUUGACGGUUUGUGUAAACACUAACAUUUCCCCUUCCGUAGUUGUAUGAAAAACAGAUAUUCUUGGCACACUAGAUAAAUUGUAUACAACAUCAGAGAGAAAAAGAAUCUGUAUGUUUUAACUGAGAACAGCCAAUACCCAGGUAAAUGACUGUAUUGGGAUUUAAAUUGCAUGUUAGUACACAGAGUUAUCCAGACCCUAAAUUAAUUCGUAAAAAAAUUUAAUUAUUCAUCAUUUCUCAUAAGCAUAGCUGUUGAUACAUGUGUCCAAUUAUUUGCUUUAAAAAAUUUUAUUAAAAUUAUGUAACAUUACAUUUUUUUCCCAGGGGAGAAAGAAAACAUCAAACAAACAAGAGAAAAAACAUCUAAAUUAUCUAUUCUGUUCUUUUUUGUUUUUUAACCACUUUUGGGUUUUCCCCUUGCAGAAACCACAGAAAUAUUCCCUUAGAAUAAAACAGUAUAUUUGUAUUUGAUGGGUGAGUUAUUCUUUUUCUUUGUCUUGAAAGAAUUUUAAAUAUUUUUUUCUGUUUGACCCUCUUGGUAUAACCCAACAGAUGGUAUAUAACAGAGAGUGAGCAGUUUUCAGAAAAUAAAUUGUUUGGUUAUUUA